GGAAUUUAAAUGGCGGCGGCGGCGGCGCUUCCCCGUCAGGCCGGCAUGGCGGGCCCGGCCACCCCUCGGCCGCUCCGCGGAAAGUCCUUCUACCUCGAUCUGCCGAGCGGGCGGAGUGCGCGGGAGCUGGCGGAGACCGUCCGGCGCCUCGGCGGGUUGCUCCCGGUUGCAAUGUAACCGCACGGCUCCCCGGUGGGCGCCCGGCCUGGCCUCGCCUCGCAGCCGGAGGGGAAGGAGGCCGCGCUCCAUCGCCUGCUGCCUUUCUCCUCGCUGCUGAUUCUUUCCGGACCUCUCACGGGUUUGCUGGGCAGCGUGGGCCUGCUUGUGACCAGCUGCCACGAAAACUCAUUGCUCCUGCCUUCCAGGCGGUGGCAGCCGGUUGCCUGGUCCUGGCAGCAUCUUCUGGAUGGUGGUAACCGGUUGUCUAGCAGUGGGAGUGCAUUCCAGAUGGUGGUAACGAGUUCCGUGGUAAUGAAAGUGCCUUUUAGUCGCGGGUAACUGGUUCCUUGGUCCUAGGAGCACCUUUCAGUAGGUGGCAACUGGUUGCCUGGACAUGCAGGCACCUCCCAGGUGGUGGUAACUGGUUAUAUGGUGAGGGGAGUGCUUUCUGGUAGGUACUAACUGGUUACCUGGUGAUGGGAGUGUCUUCCAGUUGGUGAUAACUGGUUCUCUGGCCCUGGGGAGCACCUUUUGGGUGGUGGUAACAGGUUGCCUUGUUCCCCCUCAUCCCUCACAACAGUCUGUGGAAGCUUAAUUUUUUUAAGGAAGUUGUGAGACUUCCAGAUGUUUCCAGGAAUUCAACAUAAGGUAAAGUAGGAUAACACCAGCCAAGUCUCUUUUGUCAUGUAGCUGUGUGCUUUUCUCAUGGCUUUCCCAGAAGAGCCAUCUAGACCCUUCCCCCUGUGAAGUUAUUGUUUGGGUGGAUCCAUAAAGCAUUUGUCAUGGCCUCUGCAGGUUUCCUUGGUGCUGAUAUUGCUCAGCAAUUCCUUAUAUCCUCUCCCAAGACUCUUUGAAAAGUAUCAUCACUUCAGUCACCUGGGCUGGAACUGAGGACAGGGGUUGUACCCAGCAGCUGGUCAUGCAUCUGUUUUCUCUUUCAGUUUCCAUAUGAUUCUUAAGCACAGUUUGGUCCUAAUAGUUGUUACUGUUUGUUUUCAGACUGUUUAAUCUCUCUCUUUGAGGCAGAUUUCUCAUGCGCACCCCAAAACUUCCUUAAAUCCUUCAAUGCUACACACAGCUGUGAAGUCUUCAUUUAGUUCUUACUGCUGGAUCUCUGCUGCCAGGAGCACGUGUUGGCUCUAGACACACGAGGGAAGCUGGCUUGCAUGUUUUUCCCUGUUUUUUAAUCACACUUUCGUGCUGAACUUGAUGAUUUCUUUCUAUCUUCCCCUGGAUGUACCAUCAACACUCAGGGACACUCUCCUUGUAGCAUCUUUUAUUUAGCUGUACAUCUUCAAGUUGGAGAACCGCUUGCUCCCAACUUAGCUGCCACAUUGCUUAGAAAUAGUUUUAGCCUUUUGACUGUCCCUCUAGUUUCUUAUCAAACAUCACCUCAGGUCACUUCCCGCUCUGAAAUGCAGUCCACUGGGAGUGGAGUUCUCAUUCCUCUUGCUUCUGUGGAGAUACUGAAUUUAACUACACCAUGGCCACCAUCUGUAAAACAGCUCUUCAAUAGUAAUAUCCAAAUCCAGGUCUUACCUGUUGUUCAGAACCAAGUUAAAGGCAUCUUAUGGCCUUGGACUUGAAUGUGGCGUCUUGAACUUAGCCUUGAUGUAGAGGUGGUAAAAUCCUGGAGCGUUAUUUGGACAGUGAGAUUUUGAUUUACUCUCUCCUGUGCUUGCAGUCCCCCUGAUCUCCUGUAACACAAGUCUCCGUUGCAGGGCAGCUUGCAGUGUCACUUGUGGCACUUCACACAGGUGAUCGAAAGCUUCCUAAGCAAAGAAGUCAGCUAUGUGGUUUCCAACAACAAAGAAGCUAAACAAGACAAAGCCAGGACUCAGACCAAGAAGUGGAGCAACGUAACUUCAGAAGAUGCAAAAGCCAUGAGCCCAGUGCCUUCUACCUCCAAAGGGAACCAUAGCAGACCUCACCAGAAGCCACCAGACACUGCCCUGAUCAGCAGGGGGAAGGAACUGAUGCAGAAGGCCAUGAAGAAUCAGGACACCUGCAGUGGCAGCAGUAUCCUUGCCAACGCUCGCCUGUGGGGAGUCCAGAUCUUGCACGUGGAUGAAAUGUUGUCGUACACUCAACAGCUGCUGCAUGCCAUCUCAGGAGCAAGGAAACGGUGCCAGAAGAUAGAGGCAAAAUGCCUUGCAUCUGGAUCAAAAAUUCGCAAAGGAAAAUUGAAGCCCCCUUUUCUGAAGGUUGAAGACCAGAGCAGGCAAUUCCGACCCUUCCAUCACCAGUUCAAAAGCUUUCCCGACCUGAAUUUCCUCGCACCCAAAAGCUCCAGCCCAUUUGAGCCCCUGAAAAGCCUCUCAAAUUCAUGCAGAACCAGGGGUGUGGAGGGCUGUCCAGUGCGCAGCGAGGGGGAGAAGAGCCCCCGAUCCACACCGGUCACUGUGCCAAAGAAAAAGAGGGGAUUUUGUGAGUGCUGCCAAGAGACCUUUGAAGAGCUGCAGAAGCACCUCCAGAGCCCCCAGCACAAGCAGUUUGCACUGGACGACUCACAGUACGCCCCUGUGGAUCAUGUCAUCUUGCAGCUCACCAACAACUUCGUGGAGCAGCCAGCCAAGGUGCCUCGGUCCUGCCUGACAGAUGAAUACUUAGCGCCUCAAGCACAAGUUACUGGAGGGAUUGAGGCGCUGACAACAGACCUGGAAAAGAGAAGGGAGCAGCCUGAGCAGGGUGCUGUGGAGCUGUUAACUGAUACAGAGUGUGAUCACGGCCUGAAGACCAAGGGCUGUUCCCCUUGCCUGCCUGGGGACAGGGUCAAUAAUCCCAGAGGAGGGAGCUUGUCGAAGAACUGCUCUCUGGGGCUGCCUGUUGGAGCAGGACUCACCAGAGGGGUCUGUGCUGCGUGUGGCACCACGGAGGAGUCUGCGGUGGGGGAUACAGAUUUGGGCUUGGCUCCUGACCUGGGCUGGGAGACUCACGUAGAAGCUACUCGUGUCAGAGAGGCAACUGCUGCUUCAUCUGAACCUCAUAAACAGCAAGUGCUUGGGUCUACCAGCCAUCUUCCAGAAGCACUGCCUACCUCCAAGAAACGCCAGCUCUCCUCCAGACAGAGCACCCAGGUGGGAAAGAAGCCCCGGCUGGAGGUGGGUGGUGGCCUCUCUCCAUACAAGCAGACAAACCCACUGGAUGGUGGGAUGGGUGGACAGGGUGCAGGACAGACAUCUGAGCCGGGCUUGCCUGGUGUGGUGGAGGCUGGCAGCUUGCCCCUAAGCACAGAGCUUUCCAACAGACCUCAUAGCUCCCUUGGUUUGGCCCUGUGCCUGUGCGGGAACCCUGGGGACCCUGCAUCACGGCCGGGUUCCCUUGGAGCUGUGUCUGUGGGCUUUGAUCCCACAGAGGCUGCUGCAGCCAGCACUGUCAGCAAGGGUGGCUGGAGCGAAGCAAGCGUGAGUUCCCAAGGGAAGCAGCUCAGAGGGGAGAAUGAAAACACACCCAGAAAUGUGAAUAGUCCCGAUCUGCAGAGCACAAUGAGCAAGACCAGCUGUCGUACUGGCUGGUUGCCCUCUUCAAAACUGCCUGUGGCUGAAGCCAGAUGUUGCGGCUCUCUCUGUGUUAGAGCAGCAGAAAAAAUAGCACCCAAACUACCUGACCUGCCGGGCCGCAGCGGAGAGUGGGCUCCGUGCCCUGGGCUCCCACAUAACGCAGAGGCUGAUCAGGACUUCAGCAAAAGUUCUGCGUCGGACUGGGAUGCCCAGCUGUUCUCCACACUAACAAGUGUCCAGGGUGGCAGGGUUCAGACUGUGAACAGGGACUUGCUCCAGAGGACACAUGUCAAUGUGAGGGACAGUGAGUAUGAGUCUCAGCUCUGCUCAGUCCUGAAGCAGAAGGCAGAGCUUGCCUGGGCAGGCAAAGAGGACAAGAAUUGCCGGAACUGCUCCACAGAGACAAAAGGAGCUUCUUUCCCCAUACUUGAGACCUUUUUCAGCAGCUGGACCAGCUAAAACCACCUCCUGACAGUUCUCUGGGCUUUUAGCGGGAGCUAUGGAGCGGCUGGAAAGGGAUUUAACAAGCCACCUCCCUUUCAGGACCAGGAGAUACUGCUGAGAACCAGAGAGGACUGUCAGCUGCACGGUGGUCUCCAGACACCGCAGACAACCUGGGCAGCUCUCCUCUUGGGAACUGAUGGGUGAUGCAGUGGUUUCACCAUCCUUGGCUGCAAGAGGGGCUGGGAUCUUCCCUCCUCUCUGCUGGUAACAUUUAGAGCCAAUAGCUUCCUCCUUUAACUCGUCACUGGGCUGCUGACAAGAUGGUCUUUCUCUAGAAAAAUCUGUUCAUCAGGAAUAUGCUCUUUGCCCUUCCCAGAUUGAGAGCAUGGCCUGUUCCUCCUCUAACCUAGUCCUUGGAGGUGCAGAGAUGGUGGAGAGGAGUGCCCUGGGGGUGAGAUCUGUGUGCUUCCUGUGGUUUGGGGUUUUGUUGGAUGUCUUCAAGUGUUUACAGAUGUUUAUAACUGGUACUAAGUUGUGGUUUGUUUUUUUUUAGCAAACUUUUAAACUUUCAAAUAAAAAGGAAGAUGGGAUCCUGC